AUGGACGCGUUCAAAUUGGCUGAAAUACAACGCAUGGAUAACGGAGGCAAUGAGCCGUGGAAACAGUUUUUCGACACCCAUUCGAUAACGGUUGCUGAGGGCCGGACGUUCGAGGACUCAACCGUUAAAGAACGAUACAGCGGCGAAGUAGGCGAGGAGUGGAAGGAGAGGUUAUCAGCGAAAGUGGAAGGGAGGGAAUAUGUUCCUGUGCCGAAGACGGAUAAGAAGAGUAUCACCAGCCGGCCAGCCGGUAUAUCACGGUCGAAUACUACGACCCCUAAGGGGUUCGGGAGCGAUUCCCUACAUGGAGCGGCUGGUAGAGAGCCGCUUUCCAGGUCAAGAUCGACUGCAGGCGGUGAUCAUUUGAGUAGGAAGGAACAGAACGAGUCUUACUUUGCGAAGAUGGGUGGAGUGAAUGCCGCGAGGUCGGAUAGUUUACCUCCAUCCGAGGGAGGCAAGUUUACCGGGUUUGGUGGAGGGAUGCCGGUAGAACCCUCGCCGGCUGCAUCAAGGCAAGGUGGUGCAGGCAUACCUGGACUAGACGAUUUUCAGGCUGACCCCGUUGCGGCACUGACAAAGGGGUUUGGAUGGUUUACUACCACUGUCGGCAAGGGGGCUAAGACUGUGAACGACACUUAUAUCCAACCCGCUGCGAAAACACUUGCCGAAUCAGACCUCGCAGCUCAGGCGCGCGUCGCUGCUACAGAAGUGACUAGGAACCUUCAGACUGGCACCCGCACCGCGGCAGACUCAUUUAACCGCUUUGUAGAAGGGAGUGACGGCCCAGGCGGCAGCCAUCGACCCUCCGCUUCGGGCUCAUCUAGAGGAUUUGAACCGGAAAGGAAAGAUUUCUGGGAUACCUUUGCGGCUGUCGGGGAGGAGAGACAGAGACAGGCGAGUGCCGGUGCUGGGUCGGGCGCCAUUGGUACUGGAACAAUGAAGAAAAAUGAUACUAUGUCGAAUUCUGUUGUGGCUGCGAAGCCUACACCGUCAGCAGCGGCAGCGGCAAAGAAGGAUGAUGGGUGGGAUGAUAAUUGGUAG